ACUCAACAGCAGGAACCUGAGCGGAGGAUGAUGAGGCUAAAAUGACCGAGGUUUAAGAGGAAGUCCUGAGAACUUGCCGGAUGUUGUUGCUCCAGCCAUAUCAUUGUCCAACAUUCAUAUCAGGUGGUCCUUAGAUUUCAAUACUACCUGUCAGCCUGUCACAUGGGCUAGCCUUUUUUUUUUUUUUAAAUCAGGGGUUGAAGGACAUUUCCUCUACAAUGGUCUUGGUGAAGCUGUUAGCGCUGUCUCUAUUUCACAUGUCUCUGGUUGAGUGUCAGGCCACUCAGAGUUCACAUCAGGCAUCAAGCCUUGCAGGAGAACAAUCUCCUUUGGGUACGGGUAAUCUGUCCUUCCCCUGGAACAGUCUUCGUUUGCCAAGGUAUGUCAUUCCUCUUCACUACCGUCUCCUCCUGCACCCCAACCUCACAAAUCUCAGUUUCACUGGCUCAGUGCAGAUCCAGAUUGAUGUCCAGAACAACACAAACUGGGUUGUACUACACAGCAUUGGCCUACAGAUCUCCAAAGCCACCAUAUUGAACCAGAACCUCACUCAUCUGUCUGACCAGGUUCUCCCAGUUCUUCAUAAGCCUUCGCAUGAGCAGAUCGGCAUUUUCUCUCCCAAGGUGCUCAGCAGUGGGCAUAAGUACUUUCUUUAUGCUGAGUUCGGUGCAGAGCUAGCAGAGGGCUUCUACGGCUUCUAUAAGAGCACCUACAAAACCAGCACAGGAGAGACCAGGAACUUAGCUUCAACUCACUUCGAGCCCACCAGUGCGCGGAUGGCAUUCCCUUGUUUUGAUGAGCCAAUAUUCAAAGCCAACUUCUCUGUACGGAUAAGGAGGAGCCCAGAGUACAUUUCUCUCUCCAACAUGCCCAUAGUCAGGACGGUUGAGGUAAAUGAUGACCUGCUUGAGGACCAGUUUGCUGCAAGUGUAAAGAUGAGCACAUACCUUGUAGCGUUUGUCGUCUGUGAUUUCAGAUCUGUCACUGCAACAACAUCAUCUGGAGUGCAGGUAUCCAUUUAUGCCGCCCCUGAGAAGCGGCUUCAGACCCACUAUGCCCUGGAGGUUGCUGUCAAAAUGCUGGACUUCUACGAGGAGUACUUCAACAUCCGCUAUCCUCUACCCAAACAAGAUCUGAUAGCCAUCCCAGACUUCCAGUCCGGUGCGAUGGAAAACUGGGGUCUGACCACCUACAGAGAGACCAGCCUACUCUUUGACCCCCUCACAUCCUCUGUUUCUGAUAAACUCUGGGUCACUAUGGUUAUCGGCCAUGAGCUUGCCCAUCAGUGGUUUGGUAACUUGGUGACCAUGGAGUGGUGGAAUGAUAUCUGGCUGAAUGAAGGAUUUGCCAGAUACAUGGAGUACAUUUCAGUAGAGGCCACCUACCCUGACCUCAAAGUGGAGGAAUAUCUACUGUACACCUGCUUUGCAGCUGUUGGUCAUGAUUCGCUUAACUCCUCUCGCCCAAUAUCCAGUCCGGCAGAGAACCCCACACAGAUCAAAGGGAUGUUUGACACAGUCUCCUAUGACAAAGGAGCAUGUGUCCUGCAUAUGCUGCGACACUUUCUGACGGAUGAUGUGUUUCAGAGUGGGAUAGUGCGAUAUCUCCGAAAAUACAGCUACAAAAAUGCACACAACCAGGACCUGUGGGACACUCUAGCCAAUACAUGCUCAGAGGACGACUUCAUCUCAGCAAAGUACUGUUACAGCAGUAGCCAGGCCGCCAAGAAUACAUACCUGUUUGCAGGGGAACAUCUGGAUCUGACAGCCAUGAUGAACACUUGGACUCUGCAGAAAGGUAUUCCUCUGGUAACUGUAACAAGGGAGGGGCCUCGACUGCUGCUUAGACAGGACAGGUUCCUGAGGACAGCCCUGCCUUCUGACCCUCUCUGGCCCACAUUGCAGAAGGGUUUCCUUUGGCAUAUCCCUCUGACAUACAAGACAGAUGCUUCCAGCACCAUUCAUAGACAUCUGAUGACAACACACACAGACAGUAUACACAUAGGAGAGGAAGUCAGCUGGGUGAAGGUAAACACUGACAUGACUGGCUAUUAUGUGGUUAAUUACGAGGACGGUGGUUGGGACGACAUGACCAAAGUGCUGAGGGAAAACCACACUGCUCUGAGCUACAAAGACAGGACUCAUUUGAUACACAAUGUGUUUCAAUUGGUCACGGCAGGUCACCUGCCGAUCAAUAAAGCCUUAGACCUGAUUGGUUAUCUGCAAUCGGAGACACACACAGUGCCUCUCCUCCAAGGACUGGGCUAUCUGGAGGCCUUUUACCGGAUGAUUGAGAAAAAGAAUGAGCUUGAGCUAACACAAAACCUGGGUAUGUACAUCCUGCGAUUUUUCCGUGCUCUCAUCGACCAGCAGACGUGGAACGACAGCGGCUCGGUGUCAGAGCGACGGCUGAGGUCAGAGGUCCUCUCUCUGGCUUGUCACCUGGAUCACCCUCCCUGUCUGGAGGAGGCACAUAAGAGCUUCAAAGACUGGCUUCAAUCCAAUGGAACACUCAACUUACCCACGGACGUCUUAGAGACAGUGUAUUCAGUUGGAGCUCAGGAUGACCACGGUUGGGCAUCGCUCUUACACACAUACAACACCUCCCUCUCUGCAGCACAAAAACACAAAAUCCUGUUUGCCCUGACCUGCAGCAGAGACACCAGCAAACUGGAAAGACUGCUGGAGCUGGGUCUGGAAGGUAGGGAGAUUCGAUCGCAGGACCUGUCUCAGCUCAUCUUGAUGGUGGCCAGGAACCCGCGGGGACAUCACCUGGCCUGGAACUUUGUCAAAAAGAACUGGGACACACUGAUUAAAAAGUUCCAGUUGGGCUCAUUUUGUAUUAGAAACAUCAUCGUUGGCACCACAGGCCAGUUUUCCUCUCCAGAGGAACUCACUGAAGUGCAGUUGUUCUUUGAGUCCAUCAAAGAACAGGCAUCUCAGCUGAGAGCCACUCAGGUUGCCCUAGACAACGUGCGGAAAAACGUUCGCUGGAUUCAGAUGAACCUAGAGACUCUGAGAAACUGGCUGAAUGAGCAAAUGAAGUGAGACACAGCAGAAAGACAGUUUGUGGUUGAAACAUACCACAGAGGGGAUAGAAGGUUUUUUUGAAUUUCUAUGCACGUUUUUAUUUGGAAAUUGUAAUGUGCUUGACUUCACUGGAGAGUUUACAGUUUUGUAUAUAAAAAAGCGUUUUGUGAAGUUUCAGGGGACUUAUUUGUUAGAACACAAAUGCAAUUAGUAGAUCUCGCAGCUGAGCAGUGGUAGUGUGUGUGAAUACCCCUAUGAAUAUUGUGUUGUCAGUGUGAGAGAUGGACAGAGAGAGAGAGAGAUCCAUUCAACAGAAAAAAAACAAAUGCUCUGUAAAUUGAUUCUUUACCAAAUACACCAUA